AGGGGCCUGACAUUUCCGAGGUCAGCCGUGUCUCCUCCACAAACCACAAUAGCGUCCAGUUACUAGCCGGCCGGCGACUUCACACUUUGCCCGUUCUCCAUACUCAAGUCGAAGGCGACCUUGGCAUCCAUAAAAACCAGUUGCAGGUAAGAUGGCAAUCCCUCCGCCAUAUGCAGAUCUUGGAAAGUCUGCAAAGGACAUCUUCAACAAAGGAUAUGGUUUCGGUCUGGUCAAACUCGACGUCAAAACAAAGUCAUCAAGUGGAGUGGAGUUCAAAACAAGCGGCUCGUCAAACGUGGACACCAGCAAGGUGACAGGAACUCUGGAGACCAAGUACAAGUGGGCUGAGCACGGCCUGACCUUCACGGAGAAGUGGACCACCGAGAACACGCUCGGCACAGAAAUAUGCAUCGAGGAUAAGAUCACCAAAGGCCUGAAACUGAAUUUCGACACUACGUUUUCACCGAACACUGGAAAAAAGAGUGGCAAAAUCAAGACGGCCUACAAGCGGGAAUACCUGCACGCCGGAGUAGACGUGGACCUGGACUUUGCGGGGCCCACUAUUCACGGCGCAGCUGUGGCGGGCUACGAAGGCUGGCUGGCCGGCUACCAGAUGAGCUUCGACUCGGCCAAGUCCAGGAUGCUCCAAAGUAACUUUGCCAUCGGAUACAAGACGGGAGACUUCCAACUACAUACAAAUGUCAACAACGGUUGCGAAUUCGGGGGCUCCAUCUACCAGAAGGUGAACGAGCAGCUAGAGACGGCCGUCAGUCUGGCGUGGGCUGCGGGCAGCAACGGAACUCGCUUCGGCAUCGCUGCCAAAUACCAGCUGGACUCUAGUGCCUCCAUAUCGGCUAAGGUGAACAAUGCCAGUUUGGUUGGAAUCGGAUACAGUCAGACUCUUAGGCCCGGUAUGAAACUCGUAUUGUCCGCACUGGUGGAUGGCAAAAACAUCAAUGCUGGCGGUCACAAAUUGGGCUUGGGGUUGGAGUUGGAAGCAUGAGGUUUCAUUUAGAGACAAUGUAUUUUAAUCAUGUAUGAAAUAACAGAAAGGGAGAGAAAAACUUGUCUUCUCUUGCUUCACAAUGAAUUCAUUGUGAAAUUCCAUUCCUAAAAAAAACACCCAAACCAAAUUAAAAGUAAGAAGAACACAAGACACCGGAAGCAGUUAAAAGUGUGCUUUUUUGAUUAUCAACAAAAGAACAUAUGGAGGCCUAAAAAUGUUGGGUGUUAUUUGGGGGUCCACGAAUAACUUUGUUGACAAUCCAGAAAACCGGGGACGUAGAAUGUACAUCAGCGCUGAUAUUUUGCACACUAGUCAACCUUUAUCAAUUAAAGCUCUUCCACUUUUGUCGUACUUUCUCAGUGUCAUUUUUUAAAACUUGUAUGGGAGGGGUGAAAAAAAUCCAGGUUUAAAUGCAUGAUAGUCAGUUCAAAUUUAUUCAAAUAACCCUUAAUCACAUU